GGGCGCAUGUCGUACCCGCUGUUCUACAACGUCGACAGCGGGGUACACUUCGCCUUUCGUGCUCUUGUGCGGACCUAAGCUGGGCGUAUGUGCUCAAGAGCAAGUAAUUCUUAGCUUGAUUAGCUGGUGGAAGCCUCGGCGCGAUUGAACCGCGGUCCUCCCCUGGCUGUCCAUGCUCUGGAGAGUUUCUCAGAUUUUCGGGCAUCUUCAUCGCGCCGCGCUACAGUUCACAGGACGUGGCCAAUUCCUCCAUCCUCUUCUCCAUUUUCCAACAUCCUUCCGCAUACGAUGCAUGUCGGCAGCGCUUGCCCUACAGGCUCGCGCACUCUUCAUCACCCCUACGAUUUUGAUCGAGGAACGCACUUGGUACAAGAAGCCAAAAGAGUUAGGCAGGAAUGCCAACCGUGGAGCCGGAGAGAACAAAGGACCUGCGAGACCUCACGCGUAUGCCUUGCGGUCUCUACCCCAGCCUCGGGCGGAUUUGGUGAAGAUGGUCGACACGCUCUUCAGACGAAGGAGAGCUGCGGACUGCACCGUCGAAGAUCUCAAGUCCCUUGCGCGGGACCCAGAGGCCGUUUCUCACCUCGAAGAUCCCGACAAAGCUCGACAGCUAGCAGUGCUGAUGGUGAACACCGGCGUGCCUCGCCGAGCGUGUCGAGUGUUUCUGUUGGCCCGUUACUUUGGCUGCGAGUUCAAGCAAAAUGCCUACGAAGCAGUUGCCUAUCAGCUGGCUCAGACCGGGCAGUGGGCCGAGAUUCCCUCUGUGGUCGCCCUAGGUCGGCGUCAGACCGGACGUACGACCGCUCGUCUCCUCAACUGGAGGACACGAGCUCUCGUGGAGAUAUCCCACUUUGGCUUGCUGGACCAUGUCCUAGAAGAGUUCGAAGAAGAAAAGAUAUUACCCAAUCGCAGGACCUAUCACACACUGGUCUCGGGCCACCUCCGCAACCGCGACCUGGCAAAGGUAAAGGAGUGCCUAGGCUGGAUGGAGGAUGCGGGCUUCCCUAUGGACGCGUCGACGCAUGCUCUACUUGUGUCUUCGUAUCGUUCUUUGGGUCGCGACAGUCUCGUACAAGGGCAGGCUCUAGGAUCACUGCAAGAGCUCGGGGAACGAAACGCAACAGCGGUUGUCAACAGCCUAAUUCAACUAUCUCUCGAUUCUCGCGAUAUUCAGAGUGCCCUCAAAUAUCUGUCUUUCUUCGACAAUCCGUCAACUCACUUCCCUGGCGGUGAUAGAUCCGAGGCCACUUGUCCCGGCCCUAUUGCGUCCAAGCGACAUCCCACCCUCGCUCCUGAUAUUGCUACUUUCACCAUGUUGACGAAUUAUGCGGCACGUAUGCGCGAUCUCCCCCUAGCUCUGGAAAUGGUCGAGCGUAUGGAUCAUUUCGGCGUUCGCGCGGACGACGCGUACAUCGCUGCCCUGAUUCGUGUUUACUGCGCUGUAGGCGAGGUCUCGGUCGCAUUACGAAUCACCGCCACAAUAUGCAAUGACAUACCCGCCGCUCUAUCGCUGCUGAGGACCCUUGGAUUGAAAAACGAUAACUCAGGCGGGCCGGCCCUUGCACUCACGGAUGUCGAUGUGAGCAUCCGCAUCCUGAAUGCUCUACUCACUGGUGUCCUGGGUACUCGGGGAUUGCCCGGGAUGAGAGCCGUUACCCACCUCAUGCUUGUAUUCGGACUGGAACCCAACGAAGAGACUGUAGAGAUUCUCAUGUCCUACCUUACCUUCCAAGAGAAGGUCUCUCCGAAACAGCUCAAGAACGCUUUGAUGGUGGUUCCCAGACGUGUUCAGCCUACUCUGCGACAUGUUCACAUUCUCCUCCGUGCUAUUAUCGGCAAGCGACUGGCGUUACAAUAUCCUCGUGGUUGGGCCGCUAUCGCCGCAGUGGCAAACAAAGAUCCCCCCUCUGAUGAUUUCUCUACGUCCCAUCUCGACAUGGGUCCAGCACCGGGCAUGUUGGAACGUAUGGCAAUGGCCGUGCUGCAAGGAAAGCCUUCAUACCGUGGAAUUACUCGACGUCUAUUGCAGUCUCUCAUGGAUCGCGAUGUCAGACCCGACCGCGCGACCGUCCACCUAGUCUUACGCCACGAAGCCCUCGUCAAACGCAACAUGGCUCGCGCUCGAACAGCUCUUAGUGUUAUGCUGGCCCGUGGCAUGCAUGCGAACGAAUAUCACUUCGCUACUAUCAUGCAGGGAUAUGCCCUGUCUGGAGACGUGCGCACGGCGGAGAAGGUGCUUUGGCGCGCCAAGGAUGCGGGCUAUGGUACGGAUGCCGUGCUGUACACUAUCCUUAUGCACGGCUACGCUCGUCUCCGGCAGCCGAAGGAGGCCGCUCGGAUUUUCCAUCUUAUGCUUAAGGAGGGCGUCCAGCCAGACGUUGCCGCCGUGGACGCUCUUGCCAGUGCCUACUUCGCCGUGCGAGCAUUCUCGGCUGCGCGGAGAAUUCUCAUACAGUCCUGGGAACGCUUUGCGCCGUUUCCUCCCGAGCUGCACGACGCGAAUUUGCGCACACUCGCUGUCGCCUUUAGGAACCUCGCACCGCAAGGCAUCGUGCCGUUCAACCGUCGAUCACGGCGUGUACUUCGUUUCAAGCUCAAAAGGAUCAUGCAGAACUUUGGAAGUAGACGUUUUGGAGCACGUCGAGGGAUACAGGAGAGGACGCGGCACAUCCGGGUUGUAUCAAGCGUCGUAUCUCAUAAUAAACGAGCUACAUUACAGUAAUAAGCCUUUUCCUUGUCUGUCUCAAGUGGACAUAUCGGCGGUAAAGUAGGCCAUCUUAGAUAUACCAGCUCAAGCCGUCAUGCCGUCUCGUUCAUGAUAGGGAAAACUUCAGAUCCAGAAGCCGCAGCGCAUCCCGCACACCGUCGGCGUUAACUUGUCUAACCCGCUGCCUGCCGCAUUCAACGAGCACCUCCUGUGGAACAAGCUGCAGCGACGGCGAGAGCCGGUCGCGGUCGGGUCCGCACAAGCGAGCAUCAGUAGGUGAAGCUGACGUGGUCGCUGUGUGCGCUGUUGCAGGUGGGACUGUGGGAGGGGAGAUGCCUCGCUCCGGAGUGACAGUGCCUGGCGCUGGGAAAAUCUCCACACGAGGCCCGCUACACUUGAAUCGUCGAGCUACAACGUCUGCGAGGAGGUCGAGGUCCGCAAAGCUGACGUUGGGGUGUGACUUGAUUUGACGCCACGCGUCGUCGCAUGAGACGGUAUCGCUCGCCGCGACCGGAGGAGCAGCUGACGGCUGAGAAGGAGCAUCACUGGCCGCCGCCACAGGAAGACCGCUCUCACGGCCACGGCCGCGACCACAGCUUGUUGGAUUCCCACAACAGCCGCUGCCAGCCGACGAGCCACAUCCGCCACUGCCGGCACGAGAGGGACAGUCGCUACAAGGCGUGUUGGAGGCGACAGACUUGCUUAUCGCAGAGCAGAAAGCUUUGCCAAAGUCGUCGUCGGCACACGCGGGACAGUUGGAAGGGUCACCGGUACAAGUAGGUGCCACGGUGGAGGACGGGCAGGACACAGGGAAAAUGAAGUUGCCAGCCGGCUUCGCAGCAGAACGGCGCCGAAGAGGAACAGGGGGUUGGUAAGCAGGAAGAUUGUCUAGGAUGGACGUCUGCUCAGGCUCGGGCAAUGGCUGAGACUGGGGAGCGGCGAGCUGUAGGUCUGUUCGCAGGGAAACGGGCCUUCUCUCAGUGUGCUCCACUUUUAACGGCUUAGAGUAGCGUUGCUCGGCAGCACUUUGCAUGGCUAGCUCUCGGCAAACGCACGGCGUGCUGUCCGUGCAAAAGCCACAGUUGAAAGUAUCGAGGCCGCCUCCCGACUCAAACACGUUUGUCUUCCCCGAGGAGAUGAAAUCGAAGAGAUUGCCAAGAGUAUUGGGCUGCCCGAAUACGGGGACGUCUCUCGACGGGGAAAGGGAGGGCACGGGAGAGAAGCUACUGUGUUCAAAUGACGAUGGAGAGGAGGCGAUGGAAGACGGAGAAGACGCGUAAAGAGUCGGGGUGGAGGGCGUACGCCUGAAUGCGUCGAAAGAAUCUGUCGACGUUUUAUGUCUCUUUGGCUGAGGCGCAGUUAUAAGACUGUCGCUGGUGAAUAGCGGGACCUCAUCGCGCCAUCGCUUGCGGGACGCUUCGCGGAGAGUAUCCCGCUCUUGUUCGCAAGCGGCGAGCUUCUCCUGGAGGAGAUUAUUCUCCUUGCGAAGCUUCUCGUUCUCUUCUUUGAGGCGCUUAGCAACGUUCUGCAGGGCAACAUUCCUCUCUAUUUCACCCUGUUCGUACUGCUGGACUUUGAGCUGCAGCUCGGCGAGCUGGCUCUGCUUGCGCUCACGGAAUGCGCGCUGUGCGGCUCUGAGGACCCGAGUGAGCAAGAUCAAAGCGCGUUUAUUAUCAGAACACACCGGUUCUGCACGCGACGGCCCUUCGCGUCGACCUGGAAAGCAUUACGGGACAAUAUAAGCACGCAAGCAGGAAUAUGUUCCAGUGAAUCUACCUCAGGGUCAUCUGCGGAAGAUAGAGGUGAGUCGUUCUUGGGCUUGCGGCCCGGUUUAGGUUUGGCAGGGAUGACCCAUUCCUUGGAUGCUAGAGGGGGAUUGAUAUUAAAGUCAGUGCACAAGCAGCGGGGAGAAUGAGAGGAGCGACGUACGGGUCGCCCAAAGCAUGGUGGAUGAUGACACUGCAGGGACGCCAACCCCUGCGCUCAUCGCGGAAAACGAUAUUGGCAAUGACGGCGAUGGCGGAGGAUAGUCUGUCCAACAGGAAGCCCAGGGCGAUGGCAGACGGGGUUAAGUACGAGACCCUCGCGAUGCGGGUGAGGGUGUUAACUGAUAAGAUAUCGC